AUGUCUACGCCUUACGAAAAAGCCCUCGCCGCCAUCGACGCCGCGCACGCGCUCGAUCCGAAGAAGAUCACGGUUGACGGCAACGAAGUGCCCUACGAGCUGCACUACGCCAACAAGAUGACAGCGUAUCUCGACAAGCACACCGCGGCCGCCCCCGCCGCGGCCUCGGAGACGCUCCGGCUGGCGGUGCGCGCGCAGCACCUGCGCCGCUGGGAGGUGCCGCGCGACAGCUACCCGAUGACCAAGGUCGGGUACCACAGCUGGCGCAACGCGGCGAAGAAGCGGCAGGCGGAGCUGGUCAAGGCCAUGUGCCUGGACGCGGGCUACGCCGAGGCCGACGCGGAGCGCGUCGCGGCGCUGGUGCGCAAGGAGGACCUCAAGAGCGACGGCGAGACGCAGGUGCUGGAGGACGUCGCGUGCCUGGUCUUCCUGGACGACCAGUUCGAGGAGUUUGAGAGGGGCUACGACGAGGAUAAGAUCAUAGCGAUUCUGCGGAAGACGUGGGGGAAGAUGAGCGAGAGGGGCCACGAGCUCGCGCUGCAGAUCCCGAUGGGAGAGAGGCCGCUGGAGUUGGUGAAGAAGGCGCUGGCGGGGUGA